AUGACAAUCUUACGCCUUGAACAAGCAAGCGAAGAAGAUUCCACAACAACAAACGCCUACGAUGGAACGGGCACAUCUUCCGAUCCUUUUAUUGUUGAGUUCUGUAGUGAUGAUCCAGGAAAUCCCAUGAACUUUUCCUCCACCAAGAAAUGGUUCAUCAUAUUUAUUGUGACGGUCUCAGUCUUCGCCGUUACCCUCACGUCUUCCGCUUAUUCGGGUUCGGCGAACGAAAUCUUGGCACAAUUUCACUGCAGUUCAGAGCUUUUUGCACUCGGAAUAUCUCUCUACGUACUCGGUUUUGCCAUCGGGCCCGCGCUGUGGGCGCCGCUUUCGGAGUUGUAUGGCAGGAAAAUCCUGUUCAUCACAACGCAUACCGGCAUGGUAGCGUUCGUGGCCGCCUCAGCCGGAGCAAGCUCCAUAACGCAGCUCCUAGUCUUUAGGUUUCUUACUGGGAUGUUUGGUGCAUCGCCUUUAACAAACUCUGGAGGAGUCAUUGCUGACAUGUUUCCGGCGGCACAACGGGGGCUGGCAAUGAUCUUUUUCUGCACAGCGCCAUUUAUGGGACCUGUUCUUGGUCCUAUUAUGGGUGGUUUUGUUUCCAUGAACGUUGGCUGGAGAUGGGUACAAGGCGUGUGCAGCAUCUUCAUUGGUGUCGUCUGGAUUGCUGGUUCGAUUCUUGUACCCGAAACCUACGGGCCAGCGAUACUACGUGAAAGAGCAUCACAGCUUUCGAAGAAAACAGGGAAGUCAUACAAAAGCGUCAUGCAGCAUCACCAUGGUACAGCGGCAUCUUCUGAAGUCUUUCGCAAAGCCCUUAUGAGGCCCUGGGUCCUUCUUUUCCGCGAGCCAAUUGUUCUAAUUGCAGCCACCUACUUAGCGAUAUUGUACGGUACCGUCUAUAUGUUCAUGCCUGCACUGCCAAUUGUCUACCAGCGGGGCCGAGGUUGGAACGAAGGCUUCGGGGGUUUGGCGUUUUUGGGCCUGGUUUGCGGUAUGUUAAUUGGACUUGUUUAUGCCAUCAUCGACGACAACCGAUAUAAAAAACUUGGCAAAUCGGCGACACCUGAGUCCAGGUUGCCCCCAGGAGCAGUCGGCGCUGUUGCUUUACCCGUCGGCUUGUUUGCCUUUGCGUGGACUAAUUCGCCCAACAUACACUGGGCCGCUAGUAUUAUCCUUUCCGCCCCGUUUGGUUUCGGCUGUGUCCUGGUCUUUCUUUCCUGUCUCAACUACUUGAUUGACUCGUACACUAUAUACGCAGCGUCGGUACUUGGGGCAUCGGCAAUGCUUAGGGCAUUCUUUGGCAUGGCAUUCCCACUUUUUACAGAGCAGAUGUAUAAGAAUAUUGGCAUACAUUGGGCAAGCACAAUACCUGCUUUUUUGAUGUUUGCAUGCUUGCCUUUUCCAUUUGUUAUGCUUAAAUUUGGCGAGACAUUGAGGUUGAAAUGCAAGUACGCUCAAGAAGCAGCAAGUUUGGCAGCACGGAUGCAGCAACAAGCUGCUACUGAGCGAAGUGGCAGCGAAUCAGACUACAAACCCUAA